AUGUCCUCCCCACUCGUUGCAAGAACAGCAUCCAUCUGCCGUUCUGCAUUCACCAAGCCUGCCGUCUUUUCGACCGUUCGUUUCUCUUCAUCUCAAACCAAAGAUGUUCAACAUUUAGAAAAGGAGCCUGUUCUCAGCGUUGAAAACCUUUCUGGUGCACCAGAGAUUUUGUUGGAUCGUCAAGUGCGUAUUUUCAGACCUACUCGUACACCCACUCAACAAGGAAAGAACGGUACCAGACUCUGGCGUAUUGAUUUCGAUAUUUUAGAAGAUGGUAAUCGUUGGGAAAAUCCUCUCAUGGGUUGGGCCUCCAGUUCCGAUUUUCAACAAGCAUUGACCAUGAAGUUUAUCACUAAAGAAGAUGCCAUCAACUUUGCCGAAAAGCAAGGUUGGCAAUAUUAUGUUCAAGAGCCCAAGGAGAUCAAAUUCGUCAAGAAGGCAUAUGGUGACAAUUACAAAUAUUCACCUGGCAAAUUAAGAAUGAUCAAGACCAAAUAA